AAACCAAGUAAUUUACUUUGAAACAUGGAAGUCAAACAAAAGGAGACUAUUCGUCCGCUAGCAAACUAUCAUCCGUGUGUCUGGGGUGAUCAGUUUCUAUUCUAUGAUGAGGAAGACCAAGCGUCGGUAGAGCAAUUAGUCGAAAGUUUGCAAGAAGAAGUGAGGAAAGAAAUUCUCGUUGCCUUGGAUGAUCCGACCAAACAUACUUACUUGUUGAAACUAAUCAAUGAUAUCCAACGUCUCGGUAUAGCCUACUGUUUUGAACAAGAGAUUGAGCAAGCCUUGCACCAUAUUUAUACUGUGUAUGGUGAUGACUGGAAUGGUGCUAGUGAUGCCCUUUGGUUUCGACUCCUUCGACAACAAGGGCUUUACGUUUCAUGCGAUAUUUUCAAAAAAUACAAGAACAACGAUGGAACUUUUAAGGAAUCCUUAAGUAGCGACGUUCAAGGCAUGCUUGAGUUAUAUGAGGCGACAUACUUGCGGGUGCGAGGCGAGGCUAUACUAGAUGAUAUUCUUGCCUUCACAAAAAACCAACUUCACAAAAUAACAAAGGACCCCCUUAGAUGGAACUGUACUCUUUCUCUUUCGAUGCACAUAGAGGAAGCACUAGAGCGACCCAUAUGGAAAAGAUUGCCAAGGCUAGAUACGGUGCGAUACAUACCUUUCUAUGAACAGCAAGAUUUGCAUAAUGAAUCGCUAGUAAGACUCGCGAAGUUGGAUUUCAACAGGCUUCAGUCAUUGCACAAAAAGGAGCUUAGCCAACUUGCCAAGUGGUGGAAAGCUUUUGACCCUCCAAAGAAUCUGCAUUAUGUAAGAGACAGAAUUGUUGAAGGAUAUUUCUGGAUAGUGGGUGUCUACUUUGAGCCUCAAUAUUCUCGGUCCAGAAUUUUCUUAACAAAAAUGUUUAAAAUGUUAUCAAUUUUAGAUGACACUUAUGAUUCUUAUGGUCUUUAUGAAGAACUUGAGAUUUUCACCAAAGCAGUUCAAAGCUGGUCAAUCGCCUGCAUCGAUGCACUUCCUGAUUACAUGAAGCUGUCAUACAAAAUACUCUUGGAUUGUUACCAUGAAAUAGAGGAAAUAAUGGCAACCGAAGGAAAAGCAUAUCAAGUUCACCAUGCCCGAGAGUUGAUCAAAGAGAUGAGUAGAUGCUACAUGAUUGAAGCAAAAUGGAGAAACGACGGGUAUGUACCAACACCGAAGGAGCACGAAUCCGUUACAUUCAUUAGUUGCGGCUACAAAUGCUUUACAGGAUCAAGUUUUGUUAGCAUGGGAGAUCUGGUAUCAGAAGAGUCAUACAAGUGGACUCUUAGCAAUCCCCCCCUCGUAAAAGCUGCAUCGGUGGUUAAUAGGAUUAUGAAUGAUAUUGCUGGCCAUAAGGAGGAGCAACAAAGGAAGCAUGUUGUGUCGUCUGUGGAAAGCUACAUGAAGGAACAUGAGGUAACAGAGGAGUACGUCUAUGAUUUGUUCAACCAAAGAGUAGAAGACGCAUGGAAAGAUAUGAACCACGAGUGGCUUACAUGUAAAGACAUUCCUAUGGCUCUUAAACUGCGUGUGAUCAAUCUGGCAAGAGUCAUCGAAACACUAUAUAAAUACGAUGAUACUUUGAAAAACGUCGGAGAAGAACUCAAAGAUAAUAUCAAGUCUUUAUUCAUAAACGCGAUGAGCGUUUGAGUUACAAUUCUUCAUGGCCUACUAUGUCUCAUAGAUCGUGAAGAUGUUGGUUCGUCCUACGAAGUAUUAAGCUACUAAAUAAGACCACAAGUAGGAAUUGUGUUAAGCAAUCCUAAUUAAUGGUCAACUGAAGCUACAAUAAAUGGUUUGUGUUUAUGUGUGGUUUGUAUUUUAGUACGGUUUGUAUUUUUAGUACGGUGUGUAUUUCAUGGUAUUUUUAAUCAAAAUGGUGUAAUGUCUCGUGAUUUAAAAUCGGCAAAAUUCAUGAAUAUGAGACUGACACCCUUAAAUUUA